CUCGCCGAAGCAGUGUCACAUCACCAAGGCGCCACCGCCGUUGGCGCCAACCAUGGUUUAUCGGCGGGAUCGGUACGGGUUGGAUUGACUACAGCCACCGAUUCUGAACAAGAUAAACCGAAAAUAUUGCAUUGCAUUGAUGCUGCCGGCAAACUAUGCAGCAAUGGUCAAUUGCAAAAUAACAAUGACAGCACAACCGAUGAUGACGAUGAUGAUGAUGAUUAUGAGGAUGAUGAUGAAGAUGAUAACGACUUGGCUUUUGGUGGGGCUGGCAAGGAACAACUUAACACUGAAACUGUUAAGGUGGCUGAGCCAAAAGACAUCAAUUUGACAUCAAAUCCCUCAUCGGAACGUUGCAUUAGCGUCAACAAGUUGUUGGAAGAGCAACAUCGCAGAUGGUGGGGUAGAUUAUUUAGGGGUAGCACUCCUAAUGCUGAGGAUGUAUGCGGCCGCUUGUGGCAGGGUGAUGGCUAUAAUAUGUCAGCGUUCAAUCAAACCAAUGGCAAUUGGCCUUUGGGUCAUCCCUUGCCUUUGCCCGAUUGGUUGGCCUACGACGAAGAGGAUCAUCAGAAGGGUAUUUUGCAUUUGGAUUCUGUUUGGCAAUUUGAAGAUCUUAGCGCUAUAAUCGAAAGUAAACUACAGCCCAUGCUAGAGGAGACACACUACGAUACGGUACAUUUGUUUGUGGAUUUCUAUAAGGCCUUCAAACGUACCCGUCGCUCCGACUUGAAAUCGUUCUAUCAAUUCUACGAUAUACCCAUAAAUCGCCGUCAUCAUAUGUGUUCUUUGGCCAUGGAAAUAAUGUCACGUAUUGUGGAAAUUUUCCCUAUUUUGGAACAUUAUUUGUAUAUUGUAUCGUGCGAGGAGCAGGUUAUAUCGUUAAGAGAUUAUAUCGAGACGAGUGAAGAGUUGGGCGGUCUUAAUUCUCCCUUGGCUAAUGUGGAAAAGGAACAUGCUAUGGUGGCUAUGAAAUUGAAUAUAGCCGGACGUAAUGGUGUUAUUAUCUUGGAUCCGGGUUAUCAUGUAGCCCGUUGUGUAACCGUAAUGGAGGAUCAAAUGUAUCCUCAUACAGGCUGGUUCACCCAAUCCAAGGAACAACAUUUGCAGCGUGAUUAUUGCUAUGUUUAUAGCCAGCAGAAUCAUAAAUAUGUCGAAUGGAAAGAGCGUGAAAUAAGAGGAGAUCAAGCUACCUAUAAAACAUCAUUGGUAUAUGUAGAUCAGCCCUAUGUCACCGCCGUCGAUGUAACGGUUAGACGUAAUUUGGUUUAUAACUUUAGAUCUUUACUAUCACGCGAUGCCAAGGGCAGAGUAUUGGCUGGUAUCUAUUUGCCCGUCUUACAGAAUGCAAAUGAAGCUCAUUUUACUCUCUUCUAUGAGGGCAAUAAUAUGGAACAAAGGGUCAAGGUUAAAUUUAUGUUUAACAUAUUCAAAAAUCCCAAUAAGUUACCCGAUCAGGUACAACAACAUUUGGAGAAAUUGUCACCGCAGAUGAAUAUGCCUUUGAAGGAGCUCACCCAACUUUUAGGCUCUUUAGCCGAGGCAGUAAUGGAUCAAGAUUUCAUUACUCAAGUUUUAAACAUUAACGAUGAUAUUGGCAAUAUGUCAGCGGAAAAUUGACAAUCAACCGAUUCGAGUAAAUCCUCUAAACCCUUAGAAGCAAAAGAGCAAACCGCAACAACUGCAACAUCUACCCAAAAUCUGGAGCUUAACGCCGAAAAGGAAAAAAGAUAAACUUUAAAAUUUUAUUAAAAAAAUAUAAUAACAAAUAUAUAAUAACAACUUAAAUAAAAUAUUAAAUAGAACACA